AAUUUCUCCACAAACUAUUUGAUGUUUUAACCGAUUUUGCCGCUACACUAACCACCCCAACCUUUUUUCUUGCUCUUUUGUUCUGUCUCUCGACCCAAUAAAAGACACUUUCUUCUUUUGCAUUAGGCUCCAAGACCAAAUCCGAUCUGAUAGUCAUUUGCAAGAGAUCAUUGUUGGAAAAAAUGGGUGAGGUUUCAUGGCCAACUCCAGAAGAGCUGCAGUUAAAUGCAAUAAGAAAGAUAGUUUCAGAAAUGUCUGGGAGAGGUGUUGAAGAAGUUCAAAUUGCUAUCUCUCCUUAUCGGAUUUGUCCAUUGGGAGCUCAUAUCGAUCAUCAGGGUGGGGCUGUUUUGGCCAUGACAAUUGAUAAAGGAAUACUUUUAGGGUUCGUUCCUUCUGGUGACACUCAGGUUGUACUGCGUUCAGGACAGUUUAAAGGAGAAGUUAGGUUCAGAGUUGAUGAAACACAGCACCCAAGACACAGCGUUGGGAAGAAGGGUGAGAUCCUUGCAGAUGAUUCAUCCAAAUUACAAGAAGAAUGUAAUUGGGGAAAUUAUGCUAGGGGGGCCCUAUAUGCACUAACCAGUAGAGGAAAUAAGAUUACCCAGUUUGCCAACAUAAUUCAGGUCUCUAUGAGCUAUGUAGUGUCAGUGGAUACAUGUUUAGAGAAGUUACGAAGAAAUUUCCUAUGGAACAGUGAUGGGGAGGAUUCCGAAUUUCAUUUGGUGAAUUGGGAUGAGGGUAUCAUAGGAUACAUAUGUGGUUCUGAAGGUCUUGACAGUUCAGGACUUAGCUCUUCUGCUGCUGUUGGCAUAGCUUACUUGUUGGCAUUGGAAAGUGCAAAUCACUUAACGGUAUCUCUGACAGAAAAUAUUGAAUAUGAUUGGUAUAUUGAAAAUGAAUAUUUGGGUCUGAGAAAUGGCAUCUUGGAUCAAUCAGCCAUCUUGCUUUCACGCCAGGGUUGUCUAACAUUCAUGAACUGCAAGACCAAAGAACAUAAGCUUGUACACCCACCCAAGCCGCCAAAAACCUACAAAACUGAGUCGCAGAAAGCAUACAAAAUAUUAUUGGCAUUUUCAGGCUUGAAGCAGGCUUUGACUACCAACCCUGGAUAUAAUCGCCGAGUUGCAGAGUGUCAAGAGGCUGCAAGAAUUAUUCUCAAUGCUUCUGGAAACAACAAAAUGGAGCCUAUCCUAUCAAAUGUUCAACCAGAAGAUUAUGAAGCUCACAAGAGCCAAUUAGAACCCUAUCUAGCUAAAAGAGCAGAGCAUUAUUUUUCAGAGAAUAAGCGGGUUAUCAAAGGAGCUGAAGCUUGGGCUUCAGGCAAGUUGGAAGAUUUUGGAAAGCUUGUUUCAGCAUCGGGUUUAAGUUCUAUCAGUAAAUAUGAAUCUGGUUGUGAACCAUUAAUUCAACUGUACGAAAUCCUUUUGAGGGCUCCCGGCGUGUUUGGGACACGGUUUAGUGGGGCUGGAUUUAGAGGCUGCUGUCUUGCAUUUGUAGAUGCUGAUCGUGCCGAUGAAGCUGCUUCAUUUAUCAGGGAGGAAUAUCGCAAGGUUCAACCAAAGUUGGCUAGCCAAAUAAACGACAAAGAGGUAAUGAUAUGUGAAGCAGGAGAUUGUGCACGUGUGAUCUGAAAUACAUAUUCAUUAACCACUAGUUCAUCUAUUCUUGUUUUAAGUUUGAAUAAGUGCAUUGAUGCCAUCUGUUGUAAUUUUUUUUAGCUGGGAAUGCCAUAUGUUGUAUUUUUUUUAGCUGGGAAUGCCAUUUGUUGUAUUUUUUAGCGGGGAAUGCCAUUUGUUGUAUUGAAUAAUUGAAUAUCCAAUCUUUUCAUAUAUAAAAUAAAAUAAGAAGACA